AUGGCAAGACCAAACAAGCGCAAAUUGAGCUCAUUACCUGCUACAAAGAUGUCAAAAUACGUGAAGGAGGCUGCUAAACAGGAGCAGCGUAAUGCCAAGAGCCGCAACAAGGCACAGCUUUUAGACUCGGAGGACGAAGAAAAGGAGAAUGACAGUGAGGAAGAUGGACCUGAAGCAGACGAAGGAUUUUCGGAUGUGAAUAAGAAGUGGUUGAAGCUAAAGAAGAGUGAUGAUAAUGAAGACAAUGAAGAGGACGAGGAAGAGGAGGAGGACGAGGAGAAGGAGGAGCUGGAUAUUGAACGGAAAGCUCGUCUCUUGGACGAAGAAGAGGCACUACAGGCUCAAGAAGCUGAUGAAGAGAUGCGGCUGAACAUUGCCAAUAAUGAGCCAUAUCAUUUGCCGACAGAAGAAGAGCUGGUAGAAGAAGGUGAAGGUGACGACACCAUGUCGGACCCAGCUGAGGUUUACCAACGUAUCAAAGAUGUGGUAGAAGUGUUGUCGCAGUUCAGUGCUCGUCGUGAGCCUGGUCGCUCCCGUGUCGACUAUAUGGAGUCGCUGGCCAAGGAUUUGGCUGGAUACUUUGGCUACAAUCGUGAGCUCAUUGACAUGUUCUUGAAGAUGUUUUCACCUGCAGAGUGUGUUGAAUUCGUGGAGGCAAAUGAGCAGCCACGUCCAUUGGUUAUCCGUACUAAUACUUUGAAGGCACGCCGUCGUGAUCUGGCACAGGCACUUAUCCAGCGUGGCGUGAACCUUGAUCCUCUGGCCAAGUGGUCGAAAGUGGGACUGAAGAUUUAUGAUUCACCCGUGCCUAUUGGUGCCACGCCCGAGUACUUGGCGGGUCACUACAUGCUACAGUCAGCGUCAUCGAUCUGUGCGGUGAUGGCACUUGCUCCGCAGAUGAACGAGCGUAUACUGGAUUUGGCUUGCGCUCCAGGUGGUAAGACUACGUACAUUGCCCAGCUAAUGAAGAAUACGGGUUCUAUUAUUGCAAACGAUCUAAAGAAGCAGCGUCUGAAGGCUACAGUUGCAAAUCUGCACCGUCUUGGCGUAAAAAACACGUCGGUGUCGUGUUACGAUGGCCGCAAGGUUCCAUCCGUGUUUCGGGGCUUUGAUCGUGUAUUACUGGAUGCUCCAUGUACAGGCAUGGGUGUUAUUGCUCGUGAUCCGUCUAUUAAGACGCAGAAGGGUGAGAAGGACGUGCAGCGUCUCGCUCAUUUGCAGAAGGAGCUUCUCUUAGCUGCCAUCGAUGCAGUGGAUGCCAAGUCAAAGACUGGUGGAUAUAUUCUCUACUCAACGUGUUCCGUCAUGGUUGAUGAGAAUGAGUCGGUUGUUGACUACGCUCUGCGCAAGCGCUGCGUAAAGCUAGUGGAAACUGGACUGGAUCACGGCAAGCCAGGUUUCACCCGCUAUCAGCAACAGCGUUUCCACCCAUCGGUGCAGCUCACCCGCCGAUUCUACCCGCACGUGCACAACAUGGAUGGCUUCUUCGUUGCUAAGUUUAAGAAGUACGCAAACACGAUGCCUUCGGAGGAGAAGGAUGCGAAGAAGACAGUUGAUGAACUUGAGGAUGAGGCUGAGGAGGCAAACCUGUCGAAGAAGCAGCGCGUGAAAGCCAAGAAAGAGCGCAAGCAGGCGGCUGAGGAUGUUGAAGCUGUGGUCACUCAGGAAGAGCAGAGCGAUGGCGAGGAAGAGCAAAGCGAUGGCGAGGAAGAGCAGCCUAAAAGGCCGGCGAAGAAGCAGAAAAAGGAGCUUGAAACAGACAAGGGCAAGAAGCACGGUGACAAGAAGAAGCAUCGUGGCAAAGGCAAGAGGAAGCCUGGUCGGCCGCACAAGAAUUAG